AAGCAAUUCCGAACCGGGGCUAGCGGGGCCCGGGGAAGCUGCCGUGCCAAGCGUUUGUGGGGGUGCGCCUGGACAACAUUGAACCGCACCAGCAUCAUCGUCAUCAUCUCAAUUGAUGGCCCACCACGACUCACAGAUGUCCAUGUGCCCAGGCCGUACUUCAUACCGAUCCUCUGCUACCGCAAGUUGCUCAUGCGAGGCUUUCCACCAGACGCCUUUCAAGGCACCGUUCCUGACAACUCGAGAGACUGGGCCGUGUGGCGGUGCGGUGAGUAACACAUUAGACGCUAGGCCUGGAGUGGAGGCGGUGAGUGAUGGUGAUACCAGUACACAGCACAAGCUGGCGCCUCAUUGCAGGCAACGACCUCCAACUGGUCCACGGAUUUCCCGCCUCCAUGCUUGGCCCAGACUGAAAGCCCCCGAGCCGCGCCGUGACACUCUUGUGCAAACCAUCCAUCCUCAACCUCCCUCAUUUCUUCCUUCUCCCUCUUCACCUCUGUAUCUUCACUGUGCUUCUAGUUCCUUGAUCCACCCCACCUCUUAUCUCAAGCUUACCCUCCAACCCCACAGCUACUGGUUCCACUUCACCCCGGAACUGCAGCUGCCUCAAACCGACGUGACCGUUAUCGAUAAGGAGCAGGCACCUCUCUGCCCUCUAUAUCAACACCACCACCACAGCUUCUACCCGACUUCACACCCUACCUUCUAAGCAGCUCCCUCUUCUGGGCCUCGAGCUGAACUCUCGAGCAGCGUCCUUUCAGCACCAAACGAUCCAUACAUGUGCUACCAUACUCCUCCCUCGCAGCCAUGAGUGUCACCACUUCGGCCGCGGCUAUCGAUCCGCCGUCGCUUCUGUUUGGGCAGCCUUCA